ACUUUCAUCUCAUCGACCACACAUACACUAUCUUUCAAGAAGUGAGAAUUAUUGAAGCUAAUUAAGGUAGCAUCCAUGGCAGCAAGUUCGCUUGGCUCCGUCACUCUCCUCCUCCUUCUCCUCUGCGGCAUUGUUGUGGAGGUGAAGCAUGCAAAUGCGCAAUCGGAGGCAUGCCCUAUGUACUGCGACGGCCGAGCAGAGGUUAUGGUAUGCCCUCUUGAGGACUCGAAGACGGUGAAGAAAGUUGGCCAACUUUGCACAAACUGUUGCGUAGCAGCAAGCAAGGGCUGCAUACUCUUCGACCAGAAUGGAACCCCCUUUUGCCCAGACCAACCAUCGUCGUUCCGUAAGAUCGUAACCGUGGUUUAGAAAAAUCCGGACCGGUCGGCGGUCGCCGGUGGCGGGACCAAUAAAAUGCAAACUUCAAGUUUGCUGUAAUGCAUCUAUCCUAGCUUGAAUAAUGAGGAGAUUAUUAGGCCUUAGCUUCGCACUACGCCAUCUGAUCUCCUUUCUUGUACUGUACUCAUCUGAGCUUUUACCUAUGUGCAUGUUAACAUCAACUCUGAUGAGAAUCAUGAGAUUGUUAUGCUGUUAUUCAUAUUAUGUAUGUAGUGUUGUUUGACUUUUUUA